AUGUGCUGCUGGAGAGCGGUGCCGAGGGCCGCGCGGCGGUUCCUUCCGGCGCCUCGACACCGGCAGACCCAGGAGCGCGAGCGCGCGAAACGGCGGGUCGCGCUUCGGCGGCAAGGGGGUGUCAGCGCCGUGCGCGCACGCUCACGAGAGCUCCCUGCGCUGAGCGGCAUGGAGUCCUCGGAGCAGGCCCGCCUCGAUGCCACGCUGACGCCCCUCGAUGGGACCGAGAACAAGGGCCGGCUCGGGGCCAACGCGAUCCUCGGGCGUCAGUCUCGCCGCCGCGAGCGCCUCGGCGAUCGAGCUCGAGACGGCCGCUCUGAACAUUCCGUUUAUGUCGGCGCCUCGACUCUUCGCCGUGCCGAUGAUGAACGUCCUCAACGGCGGGGCCCAUGCCGACAACAACAUCGAUGUUCAGGAGUUCAUGGUGAUGCCCGUCGCCGCCGGAAGCGCGCGGAGGCGGUGCGCGUGGGCGCCGAGGUCUUCCACAGCUUGGGCGCGCGACUCUCGGAGGCCGGGCAUUCGACCAACGUCGGCGACGAGGGCGGUUUCGCGCCGGCCCUCGACGGCACCGAUGCGGCGCUCGGCCACCUGAUGAAGGCGAUCGAGGCGGCAGGCUACCGGCCCGGCGAGGAUGUCUACCUCGCGCUCGACGCGGCAGCGAGCGAGUUCUAUGGGGACGGCGCCUACCGCCUUGCUGGCGAGGGCCGCACCUUGGAUGCGGGCGGGACGAUCGCCUACUACGAGGACCUGGCGGGGCGCUAUCCCAUCGCCUCCAUCGAGGACGGGCUUGCCGAGGACGACUGGGCCGGCUGGGCCGCGCUGGUGCACGGCGGCGCUGGGCGCGCGCGUCCGGCUGGUCGGCGACGACCUGUUCGUCACCAGCGCGGCGCGGCUCGGGCGCGGCAUCGCGGAAGGCGCGGCCAACGCGAUCCUGGUCAAGGUCAAUCAGGUGGGGACACUCACGGAAACGCUGGAGACGGUAUCGCUCGCGCUCCGCAACGGCUUCGCCGCCGUCAUGUCGCACCGCUCGGGCGAGACCGAGGACACCACCAUCGCCGAUCUCGCGGUCGCAACCGGAUGCGGGCUGAUCAAGGCCGGCGCGCCGUCCCGCACCGACCGCACGCCAAGUACAACCAGCUCAUCCGCAUCGAGGAGGGCCUGGACGACACCGCGCGCUACGCCGAGCGGCAGUCUGACGCGCAGCGCCUGAUCGCACGGCGCAGACAUCCUCCCCCAACUCACCCCGACCCUCUCCGCCCCCAGGGGCGGACAGAGGGACAGAAACCUCGCCAUCGCCGCACUGCUUACCCUCCGCCCACAGGGACCUGA